CUGCCGUGCACGACUACAUCAGGACACUGCACUGAUGGCUGCCAAAGCAGAACUUUCAAGCUGGCCAGAGUACCCAGAGGAUUUCGCUCUGCUGCAGCAGCAGCAGCAGCACAACCUGGCCCACAUCAACUCCAAAACCUGGAUUUCCUCAACUUCAAUCCGUGCGCUCUCAAUUAGGGACGCGCACGCGGCUGCAGAGGCAGCGGGCAUCUCACGGGAGAAACUUGUGCCAGUGACCGAAUUCACUGACCGCGUUACCACUAAAAGCAUCACAGAGACAGAUCCUGUUAAGGCACCAGAUGGAGGCAAGACGGGCCACUUCGGCCCUCAGAGACACAGGCGCGUCGCAGCCAACGCCAGGGAGAGGAGGAGGAUGCACGGUCUAAACAAAGCGUUUGACGAGCUCAGGAGUGUCAUCCCCUCCCUGGAAAACGAGAAAAAGUUAUCCAAAUAUGAUACCCUCCAGAUGGCGCAGAUUUACAUCACAGAGCUGUCUGAGCUCCUGGCCGGCGUGGUUCACCCGGAGUGCAGGAGCCCUCGCCCAAGCUCUGCAGACAAGCCCUCCAGGAGGAGUCUGAUUCACUCUCUUAGACCAGCAGCCGCUGCACAGUCCCAGAACCCUCUGACCGGAGACCCCUCCGCCUCUAUUGGCCAUCUGAUUUUACUUGGACCUACAUCGGACAUGGAAUCAAAUAAAUCAGGGGCUUCUUCCAGCAGCAGCGAUGGGGAAUCUUCACAUCUCAGUGAUGCAGAGGAGGGUCAGAAUAGUAGACAGUAUCAGAAAGUAAAUACCACUGACUUCUAACUUGUUUCCAGACGUUUAUAUGGCAGAAGACAUCAACUGAUGAGACAGUCUUACUGCAUAGUGUCCUGUCUUAAUAAUAAAUAGUUUAGAUGCUGCACUACCUGUAAAAAAGCACAGGUAAAACUCAGAAACACCUGCUAAGAUCUUUGAAUUUGUUGAUUCAUGAGGAUGCAAUGGACUCUUAUAGGCCCCUUUUUUUGCACUUUAUAUGCCCAGAACUACUAGAGACAUUUCCACUUUCAUUAGUGACAUUUGUCUAAUUAAAAAAAACAAAACAAGUAUUUUUCUAUUUAUGUAUAGUUAAGGGUAUUUUAUGAUGGCUGUUUUGAUACAAUAAAGAUAUACU